CGAUUUCUCUCUCUAUAUAUACACUCACUCUAACACACUGUCGUUGUGCUGCUUUGCUCUUUAUUUUUUCUGCCUUCUCUUCAGCUUAGUUCUCGAACUGAUAAACUCAAAAACGGCAUUGUCAGAUUUUCGAGACCUUGAAAAAGAGGAAUAGAGAGAGAAAAAGAAAGGGUCUUUAGAUCUCUCAUUUCUUCUUUCACCCUCAGAUCUUCUCCCCUUCUUUCUCUUUCUUUCAAUGGCUAUUCUCACUCAAAAACUUUAACUCAAAUUCCCCUGAGCUAACUCAUUGAAGCUCUUCCUUCCUUCCUCUCUCUCUCUGCAUUCAGAACUGGUGUUAGCUUUGGUUUGAGUUUACUAUGGCUGAAACACCAGAAACAAAGGCAGUCCCAGAAGCAGAGAAGAAGAGAGAACAAAGCUUGCCAUUUUACCAACUUUUCACUUUUGCUGACAAAUAUGAUUAUUUGUUGAUGAUCUCUGGUAGCUUGGGAGCUAUAAUCCAUGGUUCCUCAAUGCCUGUUUUCUUCUUAUUAUUUGGUGAAAUGGUUAAUGGCUUUGGCAAAAACCAAUCUGAUUUGCCCAAAAUGACUCAUGAAGUUUCCAAGGUCACUUUUUCCCCUUUUUUCAUCAAAAAAUAUAUUAAAAACCAGAACUUUUCCUUUCACUGUUCUAUUUUAAACUUUAUUAUAAUGUUUUUAGAUCUAAGAUCUGAUAAAUUUUUCCUGUUCUUUUUUGGUUGUUUAAUGCAGUAUGCACUCUAUUUUGUGUAUCUUGGUCUUAUUGUCUGCCUAUCAUCUUAUGCUGAGAUUGCAUGUUGGAUGUACACUGGGGAAAGGCAAGUAAGUACAUUGAGAAAGAAGUAUUUGGAAGCAGUUUUGAAGCAAGAUGUUGGAUUCUUUGAUACUGAUGCAAGAACUGGGGAUAUUGUUUUCAGUGUUUCAACUGAUACUCUACUUGUCCAAGAUGCCAUCAGUGAGAAGGUCGGAAACUUUAUCCAUUAUCUGUCAACUUUCCUGGCUGGUUUGGUGGUUGGUUUUGUAUCAGCAUGGAGGUUAGCCCUGCUAAGUGUGGCAGUGAUCCCUGGAAUUGCCUUUGCUGGUGGUUUAUAUGCAUAUACUUUGACCGGCCUCACUUCUAAGAGCCGGGAAUCCUAUGCAAAUGCUGGCAUAAUUGCCGAGCAGGCCAUUGCACAAGUUCGUACCGUUUACUCAUAUGUUGGUGAGAGCAAGGCCCUUAAUUCCUACUCAGAUGCAAUACAGAACACACUAAAACUUGGAUACAAGGCUGGGAUGGCCAAGGGCUUGGGGCUAGGGUGUACAUAUGGCAUAGCUUGCAUGUCUUGGGCUCUUGUUUUCUGGUAUGCUGGUGUUUUUAUCAGGAAUGGACAGACUGAUGGAGGGAAGGCAUUUACAGCAAUUUUCUCUGCCAUUGUUGGUGGCAUGAGUUUGGGUCAGUCAUUUUCCAAUCUUGGGGCAUUUAGUAAAGGAAAGGCAGCUGGUUACAAGUUGAUGGAGAUUAUCAAGCAAAAGCCCUCUAUAAUCCAAGACGAUUCAGAUGGAAAAGUACUGCCUGAGGUUAAUGGCAAUAUAGAAUUCAAGGAUGUGACUUUCAGCUAUCCAUCAAGACCAGAUGUUAUCAUCUUUCGCAAUUUCUCAAUUUUCUUUCCUGCAGGAAAGACUCUGGCAGUUGUUGGUGGUAGUGGUUCUGGGAAGAGUACAGUUGUCUCUCUGAUAGAGAGGUUCUAUGAUCCUAACCAGGGACAGAUUCUGUUGGAUAAUGUGGACAUAAAGACACUGCAACUAAAAUGGUUACGUGAUCAGAUUGGACUGGUGAAUCAAGAGCCUGCCCUCUUUGCAACUACUAUCCUUGAGAACAUACUCUAUGGAAAGCCUGAUGCAACAAUGGAUGAAGUGGAAGCUGCUGCUUCUGCCGCAAAUGCCCACAGCUUUAUUACCCUACUUCCUAAUGGGUAUAAGACUCAGGUGGGAGAGCGAGGAGUCCAACUCUCUGGUGGCCAAAAACAGAGAAUCGCAAUUGCUAGAGCCAUGUUGAAGAACCCCAAGAUCUUACUCCUCGAUGAAGCUACAAGUGCACUUGAUGCAGGCUCUGAGAGUAUUGUUCAGGAAGCUCUUGAUCGUCUUAUGGUUGGGAGAACCACUGUAGUUGUUGCACAUCGCCUCUCCACCAUAAGGAAUGUUGAUUCAAUAGCUGUUAUACAGCAAGGACAAGUUGUUGAGACGGGAACUCAUGAAGAAUUGAUUGCUAAGGCAGGGGCAUAUGCAUCAUUAAUCAGAUUUCAAGAAAUGGCGGGAAAUAGAGACUUUGCUAACCUAUCAACACGCCGUUCACGUUCAUCACGUCUAAGUCAUUCACUGUCAACUAAGUCCUUAAGCCUCCGGUCUGGCAGCUUGCGGAACUUGAGCUAUUCUUACAGUACUGGUGCUGAUGGCCGAAUAGAGAUGGUGUCAAACGCCGAGACAGACCGUAAAAAUCCUGCUCCAGAUGGCUAUUUCUGCCGGCUUCUCAAGCUGAAUGCUCCUGAAUGGCCCUAUUCAAUUAUGGGAGCUGUUGGUUCUGUGCUUUCUGGAUUUAUCGGACCAACUUUUGCCAUUGUGAUGAGCAAUAUGAUUGAGGUCUUCUACUAUACAAAUCCUACCUCUAUGGAAAGAAAGACAAAAGAAUAUGUUUUCAUCUAUAUUGGAGCUGGUCUAUAUGCUGUCAUCGCAUAUUUGAUUCAGCAUUAUUUCUUCAGUAUUAUGGGAGAAAACCUCACAACAAGAGUGAGGAGGAUGAUGCUUGGAGCAAUUCUGAGGAAUGAAGUCGGAUGGUUCGAUGAGGAAGAGCACAAUUCAAGCCUUCUUUCAGCCAGAUUGGCAACUGAUGCAGCCGAUGUAAAAUCUGCCAUAGCCGAGAGGAUCUCGGUAAUACUACAAAACAUGGCUUCACUUCUCACCUCAUUCAUCGUUGCCUUCAUAGUAGAAUGGAGGGUCUCUCUUCUCAUCCUUGGUACCUUCCCUCUUCUAGUGCUUGCAAACUUUGCUCAGCAACUCUCUCUCAAAGGGUUUGCUGGUGACACAGCUAAGGCACAUGCAAAGACUAGCAUGAUUGCUGGUGAAGGUGUAAGCAAUAUCAGAACAGUUGCAGCCUUCAAUGCGCAAAACAAGAUCCUUUCACUAUUUUGCCAUGAGCUCCGAGUUCCACAAAUGCAAAGCCUUCGCCGCAGCCAAACUUCUGGCCUCCUCUUUGGCCUAUCUCAACUUGCUCUUUAUGCUUCUGAAGCUCUCAUACUUUGGUACGGUUCCCACCUUGUAAGCAAAGGUGUCUCCACAUUCUCUAAGGUUAUCAAGGUUUUUGUGGUCUUGGUGGUCACUGCAAAUUCCGUGGCAGAAACUGUAAGUCUUGCUCCUGAAAUUAUUAGGGGUGGUGAAGCUGUUGGUUCAGUGUUCUCCAUUUUAGAUCGUUCAACCAAGAUUGACCCAGAUGAUCCUGAGGCAGAGCCAUUUGAAUCAAUUCGUGGAGAAAUUGAACUCAGGCAUGUUGAUUUUGCAUAUCCUUCACGACCUGAUGUCAUUGUGUUUAAAGACCUUAACCUUCGAAUCCGUGCUGGCCAAAGUCAAGCACUUGUUGGGGCUAGUGGCUCUGGCAAGAGUUCAGUCAUUGCAUUGAUUGAACGAUUCUAUGAUCCUACAGCUGGAAAGGUUAUGAUUGAUGGAAAAGAUAUUCGGAGAUUGAACUUGAAGUCUCUUAGGCUUAAAAUUGGAUUGGUGCAACAAGAGCCUGCCCUCUUUGCCGCCAGCAUUUUUGAUAAUAUUGCUUAUGGAAAAGAAGGGGCAACUGAAGCUGAAGUAAUUGAAGCAGCCAGGGCGGCUAACGUGCAUGGUUUUGUUAGUUCAUUGCCUGAUGGGUACAAAACACCAGUUGGUGAGAGAGGGGUUCAGCUCUCUGGGGGUCAGAAACAAAGAAUUGCAAUUGCAAGAGCUGUGCUUAAGGACCCAACAAUAUUAUUACUUGAUGAGGCCACCAGUGCACUUGAUGCAGAAUCAGAGUGUGUGCUACAAGAAGCACUUGAAAGGCUAAUGAGUGGCCGCACAACAGUGCUUGUGGCUCACCGUCUAUCAACAAUAAGAAACGUUGACAGCAUUGGAGUAGUGCAAGAUGGGCGCAUCGUAGAACAAGGCAGCCACUCUGAAUUGAUUAGCCGAGCCGAAGGAGCCUAUUCUAGGCUGUUGCAACUACAACACCACCAUAUAUGAGAGAGUUUUUGAUUGCAGCAACAUGGCCUUGUUGGGCGGUAAUUAUGUUUGGGACCCCAUUUACCUUGUGUUUCCAUCUUUCUUUUUUGAAUGAUGAUAGCUGUAGAUAUUGGAAUGUGGAGACUGUAUCUUGAGAAGUACUGCCCCAUUUCCAAUGGGUAGGAAAUGUUAUAUUAUUGAUAUCUAUGAUGCAUAAGCUCCUUGUCUAUCCAGUUGGUCAGGACCGUCAGGUGAUUGAUUUGCUUUGAAAUUUUAUAAUACCUAUAAAGUGCAAAUCCUAGACACUACCUUUCCAGCCCUCAAGAAACCCUUUU